AAAAGUUCCGUAUCUCUCGCUUUCUUUCUACGCAUUUUCCAUUUCUGUUUAGCUCUCAGAGGCAUUUCUCGCUCUUUCAGUCUAACCCUUGGUGAUAGCGGCGCGUGUUCUGCCAUCUCCGGCUGGUUUUACCGUCAACUCUGUCGUUUUCAGGAUAUGAGUUCAAGAGGAGGGGGUGGAAAGCCUUUGCUUUCUGGUGGUGGUAAUAAUUCAUCAUCCAAGGGAAAAAAGGCAUCUGAAGUCUCUGUCCCUAAGGUUGGGGAGUUGAGUCAAGGUGUUGCAGACAUCAGUUUGGAUGCAGCUCAGGACAAUGGGGAAUGGGAGGUUAUAUCACGUAAGUCUAAGAACAGAGCUGGAAGCAGUGCUGCAAAACCUUGGGGUACACAGAAUUCUAAUCCUAAAGCAUGGGGACAUCCAGAUGCAGUACCGAAACUAGGUGCACAGAGUAAUGGUGGAUCAGGAAAGCUAUCUGGCAAUGCCUGGACAACUCAGGCUUUUGAUUCUAAGAGAUCUAUUGGCAGAGGAAAUACCAGGCCUCAGUCAUCCAACAAGAAUAGCUAUGUGGCUACUCAACCUGUAACACAACCUGUAAUUCUCCCACCUCUGCAGCAUGGAUGGAAUUGGCAAUCUAGAGCUGGUGCUAGUGCUCCAAAGGGUUCAGAAGAUGGCCAGAAGAAAGAUGAUGAUAUUUAUGUUAACAAGGAAAAUGAUGAUGAUGAAGAAGAUGAUGAAGAUGAUGAUGGCAUGGAUGAUACAGAUGAUGAGCUUCUUAGUGAUGACUUUGAUUCCGAUGCUAGUCAACAGAGUCAUGAGACUCGCAAGAAAAGCAGAUGGUUCAAAAAAUUCUUUGAGAGUUUAGACAGUUUGACUGUUGAGGAGAUCAAUGAGCCAGCGAGACAGUGGCAUUGUCCAGCUUGCCAAGGUGGUCCUGGUGCCAUUGACUGGUACAGAGGCCUGCAGCCCCUGAUGACACAUGCCAAAACAAAGGGAUCAAAAAGGGUGAGGCUCCACCGUGAGCUUGCAGAACUCCUGGAUGAGGAAUUACAUAGAAGGGGGACUUCGGUUAUUCCAGCUGGUGAAGUAUUUGGUAAGUGGAAAGGUUUAAAAGAUGAGGAAAAAGAUCAUGAAAUAGUUUGGCCUCCGAUGGUUAUCAUUAUGAAUACAAGACUUGAACUAGAUGAAAAUGAGAAGUGGAUUGGAAUGGGCAAUCAAGAGCUUCUUGACUUCUUCGGUGGGUAUGCUGCUGUGAAGGCUAGACACUCUUAUGGUCCACAGGGGCACCGUGGGAUGAGUGUUCUGAUAUUUGAGAGCUCUGCUAGGGGUUAUUUGGAAGCUGAGCGUCUGGAUAAGCAUUUUGCAGAACAGGGAACUGAUAGAAUUGCUUGGGAUCGUCGUCGGGUCUUAUUCCAUCCUGGUGGGAAGCGCCAACUCUAUGGUUACAUGGCAACAAAGGAAGACUUGGAUUUCUUCAAUCAGCAUUCACAAGGGCGAUCGAAGCUGAAAUAUGAUUUGAGGUCAUACCGUGAAAUGGUUGUCCGCCAAAUAAAUCAAAUGAGUGAGGAUAACCAGCAACUGAUUUGGCUGAAGAGCAAGGUUGUAAAAGAGCAAAUGCGCACCAAGACUCUUGAGGAAUCUCUGGAAAUAGUCUCUGAUAAACUGCGCAAAACUACUGAAGAGAACCGUAUUGUGAGGCAGAGAACUCAGAUGCACCAUGAACAGAGCCAGGAAGAGUUGGAUUAUCAAGAGCAAUUUUUCAAGGAUCAACUCAAUUAUAUCCAUCAAGCAAGGGAUGCAAAGGAAGAGGAUUUUGAGAAACUGCAACAGGAGGAACGUGAGAAAGCAAAGCAAUUGAGUGCAAAUCCUUCAAAUGCAGAGGAAUAUAGACGCAGGGUAGAAGAAAUGGAGAAAUUUAUACAAUUCCAAGACAAGGAGAUGGAAGACUAUGUAGCUGAGAGAGAUGGGCUGAUCAAAGCACACGAGGAGAAGUUUGCCGCGAUGAAGAGGAGGCACUGGGAGGAAGAGAUGGAAUUGGAAAAACAGUUUGAUGCUGAACUAACAUCCCUGAUGGGGAAGUACAGCCCACAUCCCAAUGAAGGCUCCGCUUAGUAUUUGAUGUUCCGGGGUAAGAAUAUAGAGAAAAAUAGCAGAGCAACCUUUGAAUGGAAGAGCUGACACAAAUUAUUAUCUAAAACUUCCUCAAAGAAUGGAAGACAUUUUGACCGUCUUUGGAGUACAACUUGCAAAGAAUAGGAAAUAUGUGAAAUUCAAAAAAAAAAAAAAAAAAAAAAAC